AUGACCGCACCAUCCAAGGCUUCAGCAGCAUCUAAGCGAGGGGCGACCUUCGUCAACUACACACCGGCAGAGGCGCAGGGGGUCAAGAGCAAAAAAGGGCACGCACGCUGGCUCGCGACAGACAUCCCUGUUGAGCAACUAGUCCAAACCGAAGCACAGCGUAAAGAAAUCUCCGCAAUUCACCAGCAUGACCAGCUAGAAGACCAUAGCUUUGAGGCCUCCGACUCGAAGGACCAGGUGAUCGCCAAUGCACUCCUCGCUCGCUACGGUCUUGACACGGCAUCCUUGAACGAUCUCAAGGCUCGUUGGAGUAGGCGGUGGUUCUGGACAUCGAGAGGGUCCAAGGCUCAUGAGCGCUACAAUAGAGUUUUGUAUCAAUCCAAAUGUGGCUACGCCGAGGGAGAGGCAGGGACGAAGGAGAGACAGGUUCCUUUACCGUUCACCGAGUGUCUCGGACAUGUAGAGGUCGCCAGGAUGGAGUCGACCGGCAAUAUCAUUCGCAUACGUGGAUACUUUGCCCACAACGAAGGAUGUCGUAUUGCAAGACUCGUCCGAGAGCCUACUCAACCCGUACAGCCCAUCGUCUGGGAUUUCGCACUUAGACAGCUUCGUGAGGGUGGUUCUUGGGAUGAUAUUUUGGAAAGGAAUCGAGAGAUGGUGGAGGGGUGCUCUUACCCAGGGCAAGACACAGACUGGGCUCAUUCCCGAUUCCGCUGGAUCCUAAACCCUAAGGAUUCGAAGUCACUAUACCGUCAACACCAUCGGAAGGAGGGCGUACAAGUUCGCACCAAGCCACAUCAGAACGUAGAUGCCUGGCUCGACCCCAAAUCCCCCGACUACAACAAGACAUUCGCCGCCGCAAUAUUCCACUACAAAGCAAGGGUCGAGAAACAUGAGCGUUUCGAGGCCUGUAUUGCGACGGAGGAAAUGAAAAGCGCGGCGUGGACUUACGGUCACGGUUCCCAACUUAUCCUUGAUGGGACCUUCGGUGUCUGCAACGACAAGCUUCUGCUGUUUAUUCUCAUGGCCGUGGACGAAGAUCGGAAGGGCGUACCUCUCGCAUUCCUCCUGUUCUCAGCACCAUCAGGAAACCGAUUCACAGCGGCUGGUUAUGACACAUCCAUCCUCGCUCGUCUUCUCGCCAAAUGGCGAGACUCGCUUGGUAAACAAAGUGACGAGCCGUUCUAUCCUCCAGUCGCCAUCACUGACACGGACGACAAGGAGAAAAAUGCCCUCGCACAGGUUUUCCCCGGUAUUUGGAUCCUCAAUUGCCGAUUCCAUCUGCGUCAGUGUUGGAGGAAUCAUCGUCGUCGAGAACUUAAAGGCGACUCACCCGCUCAUUCGCAAAUCGCUGGCCGCCUUCGUCGCCUGGAGGAUGACCUCAUCGAGACCGAAGUCCAUUCCGAUGCUCUCCAGAAGAUCGAGGAUGAACGCGCGGUCCUGCACCGCUUCAAGGUGUUGGAUUCAUCAGCGACACCUGCCGUUGAGGGAGGCGAGAAGCAUCUGACGUACCUCAUGGACUAUUGGGUCAAAAAGGAAACAGUGUGGAAGAGCUGGUCGAAGCAUGGACGUAAGGUUGCGGCCCAGCUGCUCGGAUGUACCUUCGAUUUUGUCCUUCCCACAACGAAUCACCUCGAGCAGUUCAACGGCCUUCUGAAGAAUAAGCACCUCAAACGGUGGCAGAGAAAUAAUCGACGCUUACGAUUGGAUGUCCUCAUCCAUCUCCUCAUUACGAGGGUUCUUCCCGGCAUCUUCAAGCAACGCACUCUUCAAGGAAAGCAGCGCCGGGGUUGGGACGAUCUUCUCCAUGCGGCCGGUGGAGCAGGCUUGAUCCUUCGGCGAAAGACCGCGAGUGCAAAGACGAGCCCACCGAGCAUCGCGUACAUCAUUCCCGAUCCAAAUCGUGAUGCCGCCGCCACCACCAUCUUCGCACAACGUCAAAUCGGAGAUCCAAAGCUUGAGAACAAUAACAAACUCACCCUGACCUGUCAUUCUUCAGUCGCAUUCGAAGGAGAUGACCGUUCCGAAUCAUACACGGUGACUCUUGAGUUUGAUGGGGCAGGGAGCUGCUCGUGUCCUGACUUCUUCCACCGAGGCGGCGCCUGCAAGCACAUCCGAGCGGCCAUGUUAUAUCUGACAGCUUUACGAGAAAGCGGACGCAACGUACCCAGUAUCACACUCCCCACAAGUGUUGAAGGGGCUCGUGCUCUUCAAGCCGCGCGGUUCUCCACCAAUGUUCAAGCUCGAGCCGCAGAAGGGGAGCCAUCGUCGUCGUCACCCAUUGACGAUGCCGCUCGACUUGUCGAGGAUGUUCUCAAGGAGGGUGAUGUAUACGAGGAAUUGGAGGAGUCAGUAGGCGGAGUCACCAAGGUUGAUGACAAGGGGGAGAGCGACGAAGGAGAGGAAGAGGAAGAUGACGAUGAGAGAGAACGGACGAUGGACGGCUUUAGUACGAAUGCGGACUGGGAACUAGACUCAAGCUUCGACCGCGAUGGAUGGGUAUCCGAACGUACGGAUGGGAGCGAGUUUGGCGCCAUAGAUCCUCGGGACCUUGGGCUUGAUGACGAGCCUGAGAACUUCUCCGAAUCCGGACGAUCAAGCGCCUUCUCUCUCAGAGACGGCGAGGCGGAGGAGAGCGUGAACGCUCAUUUACUCGCACGUACGUUUCACGACCUGGACCGAACAACUCCCAGACUAAGGGCACUCGCUCAAACCCUCGAGGACGCCUACAUCGACCCGGAGGCAGUCGAUGACAUACAGAGAGCCCAAGCAGCCUGCGAAGACUUAGACGCGCUGUGUAGACAACUUCGUCGGCUUUUCACAGCGUCUAAAGAAGCUCCCACAACAAUGGAGGCGCCAGCUCACCAUGAGAAAUCCGUACAAACACUAGACGAGUCGCACCUCAGGCAUACCAUCAAUACGUUACGUACGGACCAGGAAGGGUCGAUGUUGUUACAGUAG